UCCUCUCUGGUGUCAGUGGGAGGAUCCUGCUGCUCUGCCCCUGUUUCCACCAGCCUCUCUGUGAAAUUAGCGAAUACUGCAGCAAGGAGUGAGUGAGUGAGUGUGUGCACUGUGCAUGUGUGUGUGGCACAACCAAGAAGAAAGAGCGAGCUGGGGCUGAUAUUAAUAUAAAAACACCUCAUCUGGCUGCUGACAGAGAUGGCAGCCAUUCGGAAGAAGCUGGUGAUCGUCGGGGACGGAGCUUGUGGAAAGACAUGUCUCCUGAUUGUUUUCAGUAAAGAUCAGUUUCCUGAAGUCUACGUCCCCACAGUGUUUGAGAACUACAUCGCUGAUAUCGAGGUCGAUGGAAAGCAGGUGGAGUUGGCGCUGUGGGACACUGCAGGCCAAGAGGACUACGACAGGUUGAGGCCUCUCUCAUACCCCGACACAGAUGUCAUCCUCAUGUGCUUCUCCAUCGACAGCCCUGACAGUUUGGAAAAUAUCCCUGAGAAGUGGACGCCUGAGGUGAAGCACUUCUGUCCCAACGUCCCCAUUAUCCUGGUGGGGAACAAGAAGGACUUGAGGAACGAUGAGCACACGAGGAGAGAGCUGGCAAAGAUGAAGCAGGAGCCGGUGAAGACGGAGGAAGGCAGAGAGAUGGCCGGCAGGAUCAGUGCUUUUGGUUACCUGGAGUGCUCCGCCAAGACCAAGGACGGUGUGCGGGAAGUGUUCGAGAUGGCCACUAGGGCGGCGCUGCAAGUCCGCAAGCGCAAGAAGAGGAGUGGCUGCGCGCUGCUGUGAGCAGUUCAGACGUAUUGAGAAACAACCAACCAAUAGAAGAAGAGCAAAACAUAUGAAAAGAACUGACCUUUUACCAAAUGGCAUCUUUGUACUGUAUUUCGCAAUUAACGAUAAGAUGCAGGCAGAUGAAUCGAUUGAAAACACCCCUUAUACAGGAAACAGACUUUGUCUAUAUUACAACCAUCGUUAGAAAAUUGAUGUUUAAAGUUCUUUGCUGAAUUUUUUUUUCUCAGAAAUCUCUUAAUACACAUAGAAUGUUUUCCUACUUGUUUCUUUUCUUUGCAUUUGUAAUGUAACGCGACAGUGAUAGAUGCACAUAUUUGUAUGCAAUAUUGUUCUUCAUGAACCUUUUCAGCUUGUGAAACACGUCUUCAUGAAUAACGUCUUGUCCUGUUCGUAGCAGCUCAGUUUCUCAUGGUAGCAGCCAGGAUAGAGAAUGAACGUUGAUAUCUUUUGCCCACAAGAGCUAGUGCCUUUUUUUUUUAAGUUCGUACACCACCAUCGACUUCUCGUGUUUGUCCGCUAGCUAACAUUUCAGCUAAAGGCCCCUCCAUUGUACAGUAGCUCAUUUUCAAAGCCACAACUAAGUCUUCAGCUCCGUUGACGAAUCGUCAAGCACAAUAACAUGGUUGCUUGAAUCCGUUUUGUUUUGUCUCCUCAAGGUGUUUCCAGUCAGCUCACUUCAAAGAUAAGACAGCAGCUGUCUCAGUAACGUGAUAAUGGUUCACAAAAGAUUGUUCACGUGCGUUCUGAGAUGGAGGGAUGAGAACAGGCUAAUGGAGACACGAGCCAAUAUGACUCAACUAUGCACAACAGCUGUUUCGGAGCAACAGGGGAGAUGACACAGCUGAAACAGGAAUCACAUGAAGGCCACGGUCUAAUGAAACCUCCCUUCUUUGUUCAUUGAGAGUGACUGCACUACAAUGUACACAAGCCUGUCACACCCGCUGUGUGUGUGUGUUUAUGUUGAACGGGUUAGCCCAGUCAUGGAAGUGUUAUGCGUGUGGAUGUUCCCAGUCAGGCGACAUUCUUUCCAUGUCUCGGAGGAGUUUGGUUUCGUUUUGAGAGGUUUCUUUUUUCCCCUCAUGGUGCCUUCUCUGCUCUGGUGUGCCUUUUGGUUGUCCUCUCCCAGACCAGGUAGACCAGCUGCAAGGUCAAGAGUGACCUCUGUGACCUGUUUCACGAAGCUCUAAGACCUUUGAACGACUCGGGUAAAAGCAGAGGGUGUCGUCAGCUUGCUGAAAUCUAAGCUCUUAUGGCAUAAAUAUUAAGAUUUUACCUAUAAAUGCAGUCUUAUCUAUAAGAUCGUUUCACCAACAUCCCCAGAAACCUUCUGUCUGCAUCCGCUGACAUUUUUGAUGCUUCGGAGAUGGUUAUUGUUGCCAACAAGUUUGUUUUCACAAAUCAACUGUGUAUUACUCAACUAUUAUUUGACGUGAAGGCUCUGUACUCCGCCUCUGUUGCUCAUUCAUUCUUUACGUGUCCCUUGGUUGCAUGUCGCUGUCGUGAGAAAGUGGAGAAAUGUGUGUGUGGGGCCAAAACAAUCUUUGAUGUUGCAUGAAACGUCCUUAUCACGCCAGGACGGGCACCAAACACACCAGCUGGCAAAGUCUGUAUCUGUUAUGAUGUAAAAUACAACUUCAUACCCUCUACUGGCCACAAGCACAUAAGGUAUAACUGAUUUUUCCAUGGCCCAGCCGAGGUGUAUUGUUAUUUUUUAUUUUUUAGAUGAAGAAGAGAGGGGGCAUUGGUUACAGUCGCACACAAGCACCAUAUGAUGUUGUUACCUCAAACCUUUAAAGGGUGGGGGCUUUAUUUUAACUCAUUGCGACAACAAACAGCACACUGAGACAAGAUUCAACAGAUUCAGACGAUUUCGAUUAAAGAGUUUUAUCAAUGAAGCUUCGAGUUAUGUGUGUUCUAGUUGUGGCAUGAUGUUCUCGGAUGUCAACAAGAUUAAUACGUGAUGAGAGCAUUCCCUUAGAGGAGCAGAAGGUUGAACAUGGUGUCGAACAUAUCACAAAGAGCAUGUACUAUACUGCUGUGUGUAUCUGUGUGCAGAUUAUGUUACGCCACUAUUUCAAAAGUUGGUCUUACAAUGUUGUUGCAUGCAUGAGAAAAAGAUGGGUCUUUAAAGUACACACACACACACACUCAUACUAAAGCAGCAUCGUCUUUGGGAACAGCUUCUGCUCAGUGUUGUAACUUUUCUUUCUUUCUCUGGAAGUAUUUGAAACGAUAAAGGAUCCAGAUUUUUAGCUCAGUGUGAAAAUGCUUUGUAAACAGGAAAGUGUUGUAGUGAUUGUUUGAUCUGAAGUGAACAUGAACAUUGUUAAUAAACUAUUUUUGAGACAA